ACAGGUGAUCGCCUACUGGACAUCCCCUGUAACGUUUGCGGUGACAGAAGCUCUGGCAAGCACUAUGGAAUCUACAGCUGUGAUGGUUGUUCCGGCUUCUUCAAGCGAUCGAUCCACAGGAACAGGGUGUACACGUGCAAGGCGGGCGGGGAGAUGAAAGGCCGGUGCCCUGUGGACAAGACCCACAGGAACCAGUGCCGCGCCUGCCGGCUCGCCAAGUGCUUCCAGGCCAACAUGAACAAGGACGCAGUCCAGCACGAGCGUGGGCCACGCAAGCCGAAGCUGCACGUGGGCGCGCUGGCGCUGCCGCCGCCAAUGGCGCAUGCACACAAGCCCCACGCGCUCAAGUUGUCACCACCCUCGCCGUAUGCACCGCUGCCGCAGACCUUCAACUUCCAAUUCAGCAUGAGCAGCAGUAUGAGUGAGCCAGCACCGUUAAGCGCGGCGUCGUCAGCAGGGUCAAGCGGCGCUGGAGGAGCGGGCGCGGUCAGUCCGCUGCCACUGGUACCCGAGCCGUUCCUGCCGCCGCCGCCGCUGCUGCAUAUGCUCAUGUCCAGCGACAAGUGCCAGGAACUGAUGUGGAGCGCUAAGCAGCUGCAGCUCCAAGGCGACCCCUCGCUCCUUCGGCCUCCGCCGAGCGCCUUUGGUGCUCCGCUGGCGCCUACAUGGGAACUUCUACAAGAGACGAGCGCUCGGCUGCUAUUCAUGGCAGUGCGCUGGGUGCGGUGCCUGGCGCCGUUCCAGGCAUUAACACCAGCAGACCAGCUGGUGCUACUCCGCGCCGCGUGGAAGGACCUGUUCCUACUGCAUCUGGCGCAGUGGUCAGCGCCUUGGGACCUGGCGCCGCUAUUGGCCGCGCCGGCGGCCCGCGCUCGCCUGCCGCCCGACCCGCUGGCCGAUCUUGAGCUCAACACUCUGCAGGAAAUUCUGUGCCGUUUUCGGCAAAUAGCGCCCGACGGUAGCGAAUGCGGCUGCAUGAAAGCAAUCGUUUUGUUUUCGCCAGAUACUCCUGGCUUAAGUGAGACGCAACCAGUUGAGAUGUUGCAAGACCAGGCGCAGUGUAUCCUCGCCGACUACGUCCGCACAAGAUAUACAAGACAACCAACGAGAUUCGGGCGCCUGCUGCUGUUGCUGCCGUCACUGAGGGCCGUGCGAGCGCGCUCCAUCGAGCUACUCCUCUUCCGAGACACCGUAGGGGACGUGUCCGUCGCCACCUUGCUCCACGACAUGUACCGGAUGCAGCCGGCGCCAGCACCGGCCUUUGGGCCGCCGCACCCUCCUCCUACCGAACAUUGCGCUUCUCCUUAGUUUUAAAGAUAGCAAACUGACUUUCUUCAAUCAUUCAGCGUGGCACAUUAAUACGUCGUAAGCUCGUGUCAUAAAUUGUAGCGCGCAGCAUACCUAACUACUGCCAUAAUACACUUAGAAUAUUCUCUAACAAAAACGAGGGAUCGACAAAGUAAAAUAUCAAUGUGACUGUUAUCGACAGGCAAAGCAAGUCAAAAAAAGUAAAAACAAAUUAAAACUAGGUAUUGUAGUUGAACUAUUUUUUUACAUCAAGAAAUAUGGUAAACUAUGUGCUAAUAUUUCGUGGAACGGAAAACGAUCCUUUGGCCCGAUAUCGGGACCAACGUCGUGGCCGACCGUUCGCCAUUCGAAGGCAGAAGAAGAAGAAGGGUGAAGAUAGGUAAUAAAGCCCUUUAAGCUUGGUCUGACUCUGGUACUGGAGUAAUUACAUACAGUUUCGCGACGGGGUUCUCCUCGAUUAACCAUAAUUUCAAGAGAGAAUCCAAUGCCCAAGAAACUUACCGAAUUCAUUGACAGACAUAGAGUUAGACCAAGAUAACUCUGCAGCGAUUUUUAUAGCACAGACGUGCAAGGGUUAAACGUCAUAAUAACAUAGAAGUUAUUAGAAUAGAGUUAUAUUGGUCUGACUCUAGACUUGAAAUUAGCAGUUAGAGUUAUUUCAGGUUUUUUUUCUUUUUACAUGUUCAUAACUUUGUCCAAAUUCCAUUCCGCUUGCGUCAUCAUCUUUAACAUUUAACAAUGUUAAUAUUUAUCUAUAGAGGCCCUCGCACCUCGUAGGUACCUAUAUGUAUCGGUAGGGCUCAAUCAAAAACAUUUUAAUACCUAAUUUUUGCUAGAGAAAGUUCUAGGUAAGCGUAAGCUAAGAGAAUUUGAAAUAGAGGUGGAUUGUCAAAGAAAAUUUUGUAACCACAGUAAAUUUAAGAUAAGUUCGCCUUUGUACUUCUUACUAAUUGUAUGUUACUUUUAAUAUGUAUUUUUGUAAAAUAGAGAGUUUACUACUACUACUACUAAAUUUACUACCGUCUUUCAACACAUGAUAAAAACUUUUAGAACGCCUUUUGACUUUGAUUCUUAUUAUUUCAUUGAUAUGUGAUAAAUUUGUUAAAUAUCAAAAAGUGGCGCCAACUUACCGGGCAUCAACUAAAGGUUGUGGCGCCAUCGCUGGACACGAUGUCGCCAUAACUUAGGCCUUGGAUCUAUUAGAUGGUACAGUCAGCGUCAAAUACUUCGUAGCAGUCAAAGUAGCCGAAUAGUUCGGUACACCAUAUAUUUAGUAUGGUGUACCGAACUAUUUGGCCACUUUGACUGCUACGAAGUAUUUGACGGUGACUGUACCACUUCUUGAGUUAACAAUUUUAAGAAAUAUCAGUGAAAGAAUAAGGAUCAAAGUCAAAUGGCGUUCUAAAAGUUUUACUGCGGUUACAAAGUUUUCUUUGACAAUCCACCUCUAUUCCAAAUUCUCUUUGGUCGUAAGUAAUGGAAAACUUGCAGGCUUAUUCGAGCGGCCGAUUUUAUUUUAACAAUCUAUUUAUUUAUCCGACCAGAAAUUUCACUAUUGACAGCUGACAGAUCAUAUCCAUUACAAGCAACAAAUUUCUAGGUAUCUGAUUCUCAAGCACAGCUCAAGAUUGUAUCAUAAGAAGAUCAAAACAAUAACAAAUUGUUAAAUUAGAAUCAGCCGCCAUGACACACGAAUAUAAGAGGGCGAGCAAGCUACAUCGCGAUGAAUAUCAAAUCAAUGUCAUGUUUUAAAAUCUGAAUUCGCCUCCUUGACGGGCAUGCAAGUCAUGCACGCUUGAAUUGUUAAGCACCGAUAGUAGAAAUUGAAAAUAAAUUCUGAUGAUGAGAGAAGGCAUAGGAAUUGCAAUGAUACUGGAAACAAAAACAGCUAAAUUGUAUUGUACAUAAAGAUAGGUUUCUUAAAGAUGUUUGUUAUUUGAAAUUUUGAAAACUUAGCAAUUAGCAUAGUGCUGUACAUCCAAUCCACCGAUUUAAAUACACAGUUGUUACAGUAACUCGAUAAAACAUCGACAUAGUGUAACAACUGUUAAAAUUAAACACGUUUUUAAGUUCCCUCUACUUGUGUAUUAAUAAAAGAAUGUCUAGAGGUAUAUAUAGCCUGUCCGAUUUUUAAGAUCAAGUUCGCCAUACAUCGUAGAAAAACGGACAGACUAUACCUAAUAUAAAUUAUUAAAUAAUGUGUCAAACAUAUCAUGUACCCGUUGUCUCCGAGUUUUUACAUUGCAUUUAAUAGUCAUUUGUCUAGUUAAAAGAUCUAGUCGAUGUAUUUCUAGUCAUUAAAAAAAUAACUACAUAUGUUAAUCGUGUUAUGUACAUAUAUAAGAUUUAUUGUAAUAUCUACAUAUAGUUUUAAACGUAGGUAACCUAAUAAAUAAUUAUUGAUUACAUAGUAUGGAUAACCUUUAAAGAUACUUAGUGUAAAUAAAAGUUUAAAACAUAAAAUGUAUAUAAAUCAUUCAAACGUUGAAGUUUUACUUAUUUCGACUCCCAUCAAGCAUGUAAUAAAUUAAUUAAUGCACAUGUACCUAGUACACAUGUAAUCGGUAGUACAUUAAUAUUAAUGUACUACCAGUAGGAACCAGUAAUAGUAUUUUAUCCAAUAUGCUUGAAAAUGUUCACCUUAUUGUAGCAAAAAUAGUACGGGAAGGUCUUCAUUAUGGUCAAACUCAAAUUAAAAAAAUUCAAACCAUUACUGUCGUGUUUUAGCGGACGGGAAGUUAUUACUGUAUUGUUUUUUUACUUUUUAAAGACACGUAUCCACUAAGAAAAACCCAAACAGCCAAUUAUUAUAGCCGCGUGCCGCGUCUACACGACCAGGUCAACUUCAUUUCAAGCUGUGUCAUGUCUCAUUCUUACAAGACCGUCGUAUAUGAUCGUGCGAAUACUGCUUAAUAAAAUCAAAGACUAUAUAGUAACCUUUUUUGAUAAGUCCAUUUUAAUAUGAUUUUAAUAAACACGGGUCUAUAAUAAUUACAUUUAUAGAGUCACACCAAGACUAGUUUGCAACGAUUUUGAUAGCACACGCAGUGCAAGUGUUAUUUUAAACGUCAAACUUUUAUGAAAUUAAGACGUAUAAAUAACUCUUGCAUUGCGUGUGCUAUCAAAUUCGCUGCAGACUUGUCUUGGUCUGACUCUAUUAAUAAAAACAUUAGUAUGUCUUGUUUAGUUAACAGUAGCAUCUGAACUGUCAUCUGACAAAGCAUUUUUUUACGGGUUUCGGCGGCUGCCAUUCCUCAACCCACAAACGGAGCGGCAGCGGACGUCCACGAGGGUUCAUCAUACAUAUCCGUUAACCACUAUACGAGUUUUCGCCCGGGAGGCUCUUAGUCAUGGAAAU